UGUCUUAGAAAAAAAAACAAACCAAACAUAGCUAAAAGAAAUAUUUUUGGUGCUCAGGUAAGGGUAAGCUACAGCAGAGGAACUUCAUUAAAAUGUAAAUUUUACUUAUAUUUCACUUUUAUGUCAGGUUCAAAAAGAGACCAGAAUAUAAGUUGUAUCGUUAGAACAUUGAAAGGGUAUGAAGAACCACAACACAAACCAGUUUCUGAAGGACAAUCGUUUAAUAAUAUGAUGGCCAGUGUCCCUAAAAGUACUGGUACUGGUACUGUUGAUCAUGAAAGAGAAUUAAGAAUUCCACAUGGAACGGAAAUGAUGCAAGGAAAUGAAGGUCAGAACAAACAAGACGGUUAUAGACAACUUAUAGAGGAGUGUAACAAACAAUACAAAGAAAAGAAAUUAGAGGACGCAACAUAUUGUACAGUGUGGGAUUUUGCUGGACAAUUUGCUUUCUACAACACGCAUCAAGUAUUUUUCUCCAGUAGAGCUAUUUACCUCCUAGUGUCUGAUAUGUCACGGAAACCUGACGAGAAAGUUGAUGACCUUUGCUAUACAGAUUCUGAUGGUGAGAGGAAUUUAACCAGUCUUGAAUUUAUCAAAUUUUGGUUAAAUCUAAUACACGAAAACUGUCCACCCAGAACAGCUCAGGAGUCUUCUAGAGAAAAGCAGUAUAUAGAGCCCCCUGUUGUUUUAGUUGGAACUAAAGCCGAUGAGUAUGCGAAACAGAACACCUCCAAGAAGGAUAAAACUUUAGAAGUAGGAUACUUUCAUCCGAUAAGGAUUGAAUUGCUUGAAACUGAAUGUGAUGAAGCUGUAAAACACAUCCGGGAAGAAUCAUUCAUGAUUGACAACUCCUUGGAGGAAUCUAAAAACACCAGGAUUAAAGAGCUAAGAGACUUCAUAUAUGACCUGGCGACGAAGCAAAGUUACUGGCAAGAAAAACAUCCGGUUAAAUGGUUGAUAUUAGAAAAUGUGUUAAUCAGAUUGAGAAAUGAAAAGAGACUUGUAUUGGAAAGAAGUGAAAUAUUGAAACUAAAUGAGGCUCAGACAAUUGAAGUAAAACUAGCAUCAGAUGAACUUGAGGUCUUCCUGAAAUUUCAUCACGAAACUGGGAAUAUCCUGUAUUUCAGUGAAGAAACCUUGAGAGAUCAUAUUCUGCUAGAUCCUCAGUGGCUGAUCGAUGCAUUUAAACUUUUGAUAUCAGACGAACAAUUUAUAUCAAAGAAAGGAAACAAAAUACUUCGCCUGUGGAAGGAAUUCAAUUCUGAGGCUUAUUUACGUAAAGAAUUGAUAGAUGAAAUGUGGACAGAUGACUUUGCAAAACACACGACUACUUUGUUGGAUUACAUGGAGAAGCUGGGAUUGAUUGUUAAACCCUCACCGAAAGUGGAAUGGGAAUGGUUUGCACCUUGCGUACUGAAGAAGGAAGUGCAUGAAGAUCUGAUCAAGCUUGAAAGCCGCCAGUGUGGCAGUUUUGAGUGUGAAACGUACACCUUUACAAGCAAACUUUGUUUCACUACUUCGACAAAGUUUAUUCCAGUUGCAAUAUUUAACAGAUUGCUUGCUGCAUGUAUAAGAGAAUGGGAAGUGUAUAAAAGAAACAAAGAGUGUCAUUUAUAUUGCGGUUGUGGGAUUUUUCAGCUGCGUGGUGGUCAUUUGUUGUAUGUGUUUUUCUAUGCAAAUGUAGUUCAGAUCUGGAUUAAAAGGAAUACUACUAAAAAAGAUGCCCCGUCAGGUGAACUUUGUCUGAAGGUUAAAUGCUUUGUCAAGAAAUUCCUGAACAGCUGUUUCCAUACAAAACUUGAUGAAUAUUACAAGUGCCCGACGGCUGAUACAAGAAAUACAGAAAUGCACAAAGAUGAAAACCUAGCAUGUGAUGCGGUUCAUUGUACGUUCCAUGAAAAUGAAGUAAAGUGGAAAGAUUUAACAAACAGCUGGUCUCAAGAUCGAGAGUACACGUUUUUAGCAAUGGAAGAAGAAAGGAAGAAACAAAGAAGUCCAGAAAACAACAGUAUGUUUGAUGGGCGACUUAUUAUGUUAAAAGAAGAUGAUAUAAAACACUUGGAGAGCACUUGCAAAGAUGAUGACAACCACAACCUUAUUGCAAGGGGAGGAUUUGGAGAUAUUUAUAAAUGUGGCAAGUUGUUUGGUGUACCUGUUGUUGUGAAGGUGAUCAGAAGCGAUGUUAACCACCAAAAUGUGGAAGAGUCAGCAAAGCGUGAAAUGAUGGUAGCAAGAAUCAGGCAUCAGUUUAUUCUUCCAUUGCUGGCUACUCACCGCCGUGAAGGAACAUUCUGGUUCAUGUCUCCAUACUGUAAAAAUGGUGACCUUGCCAAAGCAAUACCUGCCAAGAAGAUGGAUUUGGCAUGCAGAGUCAGAAUAUUGUUCCAGUUGGCCAAAGCAGUAGAGUAUUUACAUACACCUGUGAAGAAUGUAAGGGCCAGUAUCAUUCAUAAAGACAUUUCCUCUCCGAACGUUUUGUUGGACGAUUGGUUUAAUGUCCGUCUUAUUGACUUUGGACUUGCAAGGGAGGAAAAUGAUCUAACCAACAAUGCAUCUGGAAGAGAAACAUAUACCCAUCCCGACGUUGGUAGAUCAGUGCCCGCAUCUGAAUACUGGGAUUACUACAGCUUUGGUGUUGUUAUGCGGGAGCUGUUGACUAGUUUGACAUCUUAUGGGACCAGUAACACAUAUCUGAAGAAUAUGCGUCCCGAUGACAUACUACAGAAUCUUGCGGCGGAGUUUAAAGUGGAGGGAAAAGUCAGCCCAAUCGCAGAUUGUUUGAACCAAAUUUCAAACAAAUGUUUGAACCCAAUUCCAGACAAUUGUAGGGAGACGACCAAACAACCUGUUGCGAUUUUCAAAAAGGAAGCUAUAGAUGAAUUAGAUGGUAUGUUGAGGUCUUAUGGGUAUGGAACAGAAGAAAAAAUGGAUCCAGACAAAUGUCAUUUAUGCAUGCUAAAUCCGAAAGGAGAAAGAAAGAAGGCAGAGAACCAUUGCUGUAUUAAUGUGUGUGUAUCCUGCGAGAAGAAUAGUUUUAUGAACCCUAUCAAAUGUCACUGUGGCUAUGAAAUAAAGCCUGUCAUAGGACAUAACUGGGGCGCCUUGCUGAUUGCGGGAAACGAUAAAGAUCCGGAUUUGGCUAAACGUUUCGAAAGCGAUGUCAGUAAAUUUAAAAAUGUAAUAACAUCAAAAGCCCCGCUAGUAAUGGGAGUAAGUGACGACAAAAUUCAGACAGUAUUACCGGACGGUCAAGAAAGCCAAAGUAUGUCAGAUAAAGUACUAAAGGCUAUAACCAAUCUGCACAGCGAUCUUGAGACAUUGAUCAUAUAUAUAAGCUGCCAUGGAAAGAAGGAUGAUGCAAAAGGUACAUUCACUUUUGAGCUAUCCAAGUCGAAAGGAAUAACGUUAAAUGAAUUUCAGAAUGCUCUAGAAACACAGCUUAAACAGCUGACUAAAGUCAUGGUGUUCUUUGAUUGCUGUAAUCCACCAAAGAUAAGCUUAGAGGGUACAAAAGUUGUCCAGAUAAAUGCGUGCGGGAGUGACCAAAGAGCUUAUGCUAUAACUAAGGAUGCGAGUUGCUUUACAACAUUUUUGGUUCAAGGAUUGACGGCAUAUGCAGUAGGAAAUCCCUGUGGCACAAGUGGUUGCAAGAAAUGCAAGGAAUACUGGCACCAUCGGACAGAUUAUGUAACGGUUGGAAACCUGAUUCGAUAUAUUAAUGGUCACAUGGAUGUAAAUCAAACUGCUAAAAUACAUAUGAUCGAAGGAACACAUGACGAUAUCAACAUAGCAUAUUACACGGACGAAGAAAUGCAAAUAAAAUUUACUGAGACUGACAGCAAGGAUACUGCCGAUGGGAAUGAAAUAGAACUGCAACUAGAAUUCUUUAAAACAAUGAAAAAGAUAAAAGAAGAACUUCGUCGCAGAUUUGACAGUAAGUUCAAUCAUAAAAAUCAAGAACACAAGAGCGACUACAAUGUAACCAUCAAAAGCGGUACAUUUAGAAAAGACGUUGAGUUUAAAGAAUGCAAUUCCAUAGAGAAAGUCAUUUUGGCUUGGGUGUACAGACUCCCUCUGUAUGUGACGUUUAAAAAGCCGGUUGAACCUGAACAGCCAGAGGCCACACCCAGUGUCCCAGAACCAGUCGAAGAAACCCCCAAACCAGCAGUGCCUGAAGAACCAGUCGCAGAGAAAACCACAGAGUCAGAAACACCAUCACCUACACCUACAGAUGAAAAUAUACCCAAGGUGGAAAUCAAAAUUGAAGAUGAAAAUGACAAACUGGAGGAAGGUGAAAUUGUAGAUGAUGAAGAGAAAGAGACAAUGAGUAUGGGACUUAGAUACAAGUAUUCAGAAGAGCAAUGGAGUCCCUUGAAUCCCGAGGGAAAGAAGCACUAUGACAGAGACUUCUUGUUACAGUUCCAAAAUGAUUACAAUGCCAUUCAGAAGCCAGCAGGGCUUCCCGACAUUCUAGAUAUUAUUCUCGACAAGAAGAAACAAGGAGAAGGUGGCAACCCAGAUGAAGCACAAUCAUCUAAUGCAGGAAAUUACAUCGCAGUUGUUGUCGGUAUUGGACUUAUAAUUGGUGGUAUAAUAAUUCAAAAAGUUCUGGGGGGUUCGUUUUGAGGAGGCUGCGCUUUUGGUGCGUGGCAUUCCCUGUUUGAUAUUUUUCUUUGUUUUUUUGUGAGCUAUCGGUGAACAUGGUGCAAUUUAGAUUAACUACUCAAUUGUUGCGUUAAUGUUAAGUUGAAACAAAUGAAUUAUUUAAAUGUUACAAAAUUCAUAGAAUGUGGUAAUGAAUGUGUACAUAGCUGUUCAGAAAAUUAUUCUGUAUAAUUAUAUUUGUUGGUGAAAAAAUUUAAAGAUACAUAAUUUAUGCAUUUAUGCAUUUUUUACAUUUUUCAAAUCUCUUUAAUAAGUUUUCGUCAAUAACUCACUACAAGAAAGAGUGUGUGUCUAAAAUGUUGAUCAUUUUGUUGGUUGACUCAUUUAUGUUUUUGUAUCUAUAGAAACGGAUAAGUAUUUAUACUCAAAUAAAAUUAAAUUUGCUGGAAGGUGUCAAAGAAUGUAGACUGGAAAUAUUGUCAUCCUUUAUCAUUGUUUACCUUUACCAUUGCCCUGUAUCAUCUUGUUAUAGCCCUGCGAUAAUUUCAAUUAUUAAUGUACAAAAAUGUAAUGAUUUAUGGUUGACUUUGUGGCAAGCUUGUUUCCAUUAUUAACUUAUUUCAUCAGUUUCUUGCAAUAAACUAUAGUCGAACUGCUGAAACUCUAAAAAUUGGUACAAGUUAUAGGUAGUUUGAGGGUAUUUAGCCGGGACCUUCUGAUGAGUUCAAGCGAAGGGUGGUGAUAGAAUUAUUUGAGUUCAAGCGAACCAAGUUUGACGGUAGUUGUCAGUAUAUUAUUGGUAAUUUCUGGUACAUAAUUAUGUUGUUCCUGUUUAAGUGCUACUUUUAAGAAAUCUGUCGCUAAUAUAACAUUAAACAAAGAAAAAAGAUGAUUAUAAGGUGGAUUUAUAACCCAAAAUUCAGUCUAUAAAAUGCAAAUGAUAGAAUAACUGUUAGCAUGUUGUUUUUAGCUCACCUGUGACAUAGUGACAAAGGUGAGCUUUUGUGAUCGCCCUUCGCCAGUCGUCCGUCGUCGUCUGUCCCUAAUUUCUCGUGAACUCGAUAGCGACCACAUUUUGCAAUCAAUUUUAAUCAAACUUGCACACAACUUGUAUUGGAAUAAUAUCUCGGUUCCUUUCGAAAACUUGCCAGAUCCCAUCAUAUUCUUUUCGAAAACUGUCCAGAUUCUAUCAUGGGUUCCAGAGUUAUGGCCCUUUAAAGGGCCAAAACUUGCUAUUUUGGCAUUUGCAGCCAAAUAGAGACUUCAUUUAGCGUUUGAUUUAAUACAAACUUUCAAAAUAUCCUUAACAGCAAUAGAUCUUGGAUUUCAUGUUGAAUUCAUCUGAUCCAAUCAUAGGUUCCGGAGUUAUGGCCCCUGAUUGACCCCUGAAGGAGCUAAAUUUUGUUUUACCUUGUGAACACGAUAGAAGUGACAUUUUACAUUCAAUUUUAACCAUACUAACACUCAACUUCGGUCACAAAAAGAUCUCAGUUCCUAUGGAAAACCGGUUAGAUUCCGUCAUGGGUUCUAGAGUUACUGCCCCUGCAAUGGGCAAAAUUUUCUAUUUUGGCUCUUUCAGCCAUAUAGAGGUUUCAUUUAUGCUUUGAUUUGAUACAAACUUGCACACAAUAUUUAACUUGAUGAUCUCUAGGCAAGGUUUGAAACUGGGUUAUGUGGGGUCAAAAACUAGGUCACCAGGUUAAAUAAAAGGAAGGGCUAAUUUACACCCUAGAAGCACACAUUUAUGACAUAUCUUCCUGAACCUUGGUCAGAAUGUGUAUCAUGAUGAUUCCUAUGCCAAAUUUAAAACUAGGUUAUAUUGGGUUAAAUACUAGGACUCCCGGUCAAAUGAAAGGAAAAGCUUGUUAACACUAUUGUGGCCACAUUUAUGACCAUAUCUUCAUGAAACAUAGAAUGUUUGUCUUGAUGAUUCCUAGGCAAAGUUCGAAACUGGGUUAUGUGGGGUCAAAAACUAGGUCACCCGCCCAAAUCAAAGGAAAAGCUUGUUAACAUUCUAUAGGCCAUAUUUUUGACGCUAUCUGAAACUUGGUAGGAAUGUUUAGCUUGAUGAUUCCUAUGCAAAGUUUAAAACUGUGUCAUGUAGAGUCAAAAACUAUGUUACCACUCAAAUCAAAGGAAAAGCUUGUUAACACUGUAAAGGCCACAAGUAUGACCCUAUCUUCAUGGAUUUAGGUCAGAAUGUUUAUUUAGAUGAUUCCAAGGCCAGAUUUAACAGGUGAGCGAUGUAGGGUCAUCACGACCCUCUUGUUUACUAUAAAAAGUUAAAUUUUCUUUUGCAAUGUCAUUGUUAAAUUAGCUCAUACUUUCAUGAAAUUUUGCAAAUAGGAGUAAUAAAGUUGUUUUUUCUAUAUAUCUUAAAAUGAAUCGUAUUACCAUGUAUACUUGUUUUUAUGUAAUAGAAGGUGGAUGUAUGUUUUAAAAAGAUUUAUUUUAUUAUAUAUUGCAAACAAUAUGUAGCUAUACUCACAAUUGGCAUAUAAUUUUCGCGUCGGUAGUUAUGAUAGAAAUGUUUGCGGUUCAUAAAAAGAAGCCGUUUAAAGAUACUUCUUGUUCCCGUUUGGUCAAAAUUAGGACUGGGUCUUAUAAUGAUGCUACUGACCAAGUUUAAUGCAGAUCCAUCAAGCGGUUCAUGAGAAGCUGUUUAAAUUUGUUUUCUAUUUUUUUUUGAAGUGGUUUUUCUUUUACACUCUUUCAAGGUUGUUCAAAUCAUUUCAAUUUGUCAAUGAAACAUCGGCCAUCAGUGAUAAAGCACUGUUUUGCUAUAAAUUAUUUCGAUUUUAAUAUAUUCUUUAUUGUAAAACUUAUAAGAAAUAUGAUGGAACCGUUUCUUCGCGCAAGCAUGGCGCCAAUAGUAUGUAUUUGUUAAAACACGCCAGGACCGGAAACGGUAAUACGUCUUGCGGCAGAAUUCGGUUCGAGCGAAAAUUAUUGCGAAUUAUUCAGCAAAGCGAAUGACUAAUUCAGUAUGUUUAUAAAUUGAUCAAAACAUUUGUGCAAUGUGACAUUUCUUUUAAGGAUAACAUGGUGUAAUACCUAUAUUUCAUAUCUUGUAACUAGAUAGUAAUAUUUAAAUGAAAUUUGGUCACUUUAAAGACAUUCAAAAUUAAAAACUUUUCACCGAGAGAUUUUUCAAAUUUUAUCAUUUUUGGGGGAGAUAACCGGAAUUGAAGUUACCAUUGAUGCCUAUGGGAAAUAAUUAAUUUCUUUGAUAUUAAGAAUCUGAACUUGAGUUUCGAGAAAAUUUUGCGGUAGAAAGCUGCAUUAUAUGAUUCUGAUACAAAUAUCAUCGUUCAGAUGCUUUAGUAUUUAACCACUCGGGCUAACGCCCUCGUGGUUUAAUUCCUACGUAUCUGAACUCUGAACCGUGGUAAACUAUACGAUAAACCACUCGAAGGCCUUGAUUAUUUGUUAAAUAGAAAAUUCUUAUAACUCAAGAAGUAUUUUAGUUAGAAUCACCAAACCUCACAUAAUGAUCAAAUAGCACAUAACCUUUAUUCUCCCCUUGGUCCAGUUUGUCCUCUUGAUUUGGUAAAAUAUAUCGGGUUUUUUUAAUGUAUCUAAGUAACCUUUUGAUGGAUCUUCAUGAAAUUUUACACAAUUGUAUAUCGCUAUAGGGUGGUGAUUCGACAGCGCAGUUUCAACAGCAUCACUUCAAUAGCAGCGAUAUUGCCCUUUCAACAUUUUUCAGUCCGUAAAUUCCCACAAAACAUAGUAACCCAUUGAUGGGUCUUCAAGAAACUUAAUACAGUUUUCCCCUUAAAACAUAGGAGUCAACAAACCGUUGGAUGGUUCUUUUGUACAUAACUUUUGUAAAACCUGGAAUUUGAAGAUCUUUCAGAAUAUAGUCCCCUCAUUUACAUAUUAACUUAUAUGGCGGGUUAUAUAAAUCCACUGAAUUUGCGUUUUCCUCUAUAUGACUAUAUGGAAAAUCUUCUCUGAAAUUGCUGUCUCGAUUUCAAAAUUUCACAGCAGUGCUUCUCUGGUGACGCAGUACUAAUUUCAUUCAAUUCAUUCUGCUUCGUUAGAAAAAAACAUGGUCCCCAUUGGAUGGGGCUUGUUUUCACUAUAUGACAAUGUGGAAAAUAUUUUAAAUAUCAUGCUUUUGAACUAUAAAUAUAAACAAACAAAGUUGUCUGUUUUGUUUUUGUCGACAAGUGCAUUUAACAUUGUUUGUUUACAUUUUAAUGUACUGUGACAAGGUUGUUCAAAUAUUUAUUGGAGAUUAAUAUAUCUAUAGGUAGACCGCAUGUAAUUACAGUAUUAGCCGUUUUGUUGAUACACAUAAAGGAAAAUCAUGCACCCCUAAGUUUUGUUAUCUCUUUAGCAUCAUUAAUUGUUUCAAACUGGGCACGCACUCGGCCCCUUUUAUUGGCUACUACAGCUAAAAGUAAAACUACCUUUAAACAAGAUGAACCGCUUGAUGGAUUUACAUGUAAUUCUGUCUGUAGCAUUAUUGUAGCGUCCUCAACAUAAAACUAUAUUUUGUUCAAAUUGAGGAACUUGGACAAGCUCCUAGAUUUAGAUGUAUCGUUUUUACAUUUGCUUGAGUCAGUCUAUAUUCUAUGUUUAAUGCCAUAAUCUAAAAAAUCCUUAAUUUAAGAGUUGCUAUCAGUUAAUGCCAAGAAAUUACCACCGCCUAACUGAUAAAGAUCAGUGGUUUACUGUUGCAUGUUUAUAAGACUAACUGAGACCAUCUUGGAGUUGGGAUUUACAACACCAGUGAUCCGUUGAGUGAGUUGAUAUCCUUGUAAAAAUUUCAUUUCACUGUUCUUGUUACUUGAAGUUACAAAUGAGAAUCUAAAAGAUGUAAAUUACUUAUGGGUUGUCAAAGUAUGGUGUGUGCGUAUGCACGUGCUUGUGUGUGUUUGUGUGCGUGCGUGCGUGUUUGCACUCGUGAGAGAUUUUCAGCCUUAAAAUAUUAUAUGUAAAUACAUGUAGGCACAUUAAUUUCAGAUCAGAUUUAUAUGUUUUGCAAAGAGAUAGAGACAACAUAUGUUAGAAAUACAUGUAGUAAGCUAAUAAUUCUUUUUAGUUUCUCAUCUGUGUGCACAUUCCGCAUGUCGCAUAUCAUAUUGUUUAGCAGAUAAGUUGUCUACUACUUUGCAAAUCAACAAAAACUGUACCUGUAAAAUCUUUAGCUGAAUAGAAUUGACAGAGCCAGAUGUUACUACAUAUACAAGUAUACGAGUAAUAUGAACACAGUUGUUUCUCAAUGUUUGAGUAAAUUCGAUAGCCAUAUAUCUUUCAGAAUGUGCUGUUGAAUGAAAUAUUUAAAAUUUAUUUUUCAGUUCAGAAUAAUUUUAUUUAUCAAAAUACCCCGUAAAUCAAAUAAACAUGUUUCUUUGCUAAUAAAUAUUUGUACGAGACCUCAUUACGAUUUCCAAGGUUAAUUCUAAGUGGGAAGGGUUCUUCAUUGAUCACCAUUAAAAUCCGUUAGGUAAACAGAUUGAUGAUCAGCUGCAUAAUACUAGACCACAAGCAUCAUGUACCAGUUUGUCUGAAGGUAAUUUAAUAGCCAUAAGUGUCAAUCGUCAGUUCGGACUGUACUAAACUGAUAAAUUUAACAUCAUUACUGUUAGAAAAUCUCUAGAAUAGACUGGCUUUUGUCACUAUGAAAUGGAAUUAGACAUACAUGUAAUAAAGGAAAAAUGAAUAAAUAUCUACAUUAUCAAUCUAAUGGCUAGUCUAGAGGGCACUCAGUUCCCUUCAGGGGCCACCAGAGCUAAAGAUAGAAAUGCCUUUAAACGACUUCUUCUCAUGAACGGCUUGAUGGAUCUUCAUCAAAUUGGAUCUGGAUCAUCCUCUAAUUGGGUUACUCAAGCUAGUUUAGGGGUCGCUCGGUCCCUUUUAGGGGUCGCAAGAUCUAAAUAUAGAAAUACCUUUAAACGACUACUUUUCAUGUUUUCUUAAUUUUAAUGUCCAAAUCAUUGCUAAAAAUUAACAUAAUAUUUCAAUGAAAGUUUAAACAAGACAGAGGCAACGUAUAGGAAGUAUAGUGCCUCUAACAAGGGGAAGUGCAGUGCUUCUGACUUAUAAUUCUACUCCAACAUUUCCCAAUUAUCUCCCUUGUUGUAUUUUUUUUUCCAGAGCAAAACUCCAUAAGUACAUAAGAAAAUUCAAUGAGACUUAAUAUCUUCAGUUCUUGUCCUGAAUAUAAUCCUUAAAAUACUAAAGACAUUUCAUUGAAAGUUGAAAUAUAGGUAGAUACUGACGAGGAACGGCCGAGAACAAGGGUUUCACUUUUUAUCGAUUAUUUUCAUAUUAUUCCCUUUAUCAUAAUUAACUGUUCUUGUACGAAGAGAAACUUCGAAAUUAUGGAGGAGAUUUUAAUAUGACAAUGAGUAAAUACUUUGAAUAAAAUGAAGCGCAGACACCAAGAACCAAAGCUAUUUCGAAUGAUUUUUCAAUUAUCUCCCUGUCUACCUUUAAGUUAGUAUUCAUUCUUCAGGGAAAAACAGCAAAAAACGCUUAAAAUUUACUAUGACUUUUAGAAUAUAAAUAUAUAUUUCUGAAAUAAAGGACAUAUUGCAAGAAUGAUAAUGCUGUCUAGACUUCUUUUCAAACAUCUCCAUGUGUGUACUCCAUUUUUAGAUUUUUGUCCGGAUAAUGACUUUGCAGCUACCAGAUGGAAUAUAAAGAAAUACGUCAUAUUGCUUGAUGACAGUGAGAUAAGUCGCAAUAUGCAGUAAAUGCAAUAUUUUCUAAAGUUAUCGCAAUAUGUAACAUCAUUCAUUACAUUUCGAAUGUAGACAUAUCACACAAUACGUUUGAUCAUUUGACAAAAACCUGCUCGGGAAUGCUGAUUUGUUCCAACGAUAGACGUGUUGUUCAUAUUGUUACUUUAUUACUUGUAUCAUAAUGUUUAACUUGUUUGUGUUUUAUUUUGCAAAUUGUGCUCAUUCACUUUUUUGAAAAAUGUUUGUGUUGAUAACAACCUGCUUGAAAUAUGUUAUGUCUGUUUGUUUGUUUUCUAAUACAUAUCUGAUAUUUAUCUUUCGUUUUCACUUUCUUAUAUUUUUCAUUUUGCUUGUUUGUUUGUUUUUUCAUUCUGCGAUUUGUGUUCACGUACUCCUUUUUCAUAAAUUUUUUUGACAAGAAAAGCUCUAAUUAUUUUUCUUUUGUAUAUUUUUGUUCAUACGAUUUGUCCUUUUAUGCCACUACGCGUAAAUGAGGGCAUAAGCGUUGCUGCUGUCCUUACGUCCAUACGUACUUCUUGGGUGUCAUACUCCUCCGUACUUCUUGGGUGCCAUACUCCUCCCACAGUAAUAACUAUUAUCCUAAGUUACUUAUGAACAAUCUUGAUGUGCAGAUAAGCAUUAAGGAAGGAACUUUUGCUGUGACUGUUCUUAUACAGCUAUGGCCCAUUGACAGUUUUGCUAUAUAGAAUGUAAAGAAAAUAUUGUGUGUCCAUCUCCUCAAAUACUAUUGAAUGAAUAGCUUGAACGUUUACCAAAUGAAUGACCUUGAUGUGAAGAUAACCAUAGAUAAUGUACUUUUUUUUGGCUAUAUUCUAGAAUGAUAGCCCUUUAUUAAUUUUACAAAAUAGGCCAUAGUUUAAAACUCUGGUGUGUUCAACUUUUCUUAUGCUCUUUGAAGGAAUAGAUUCAAAGUUAGUCAGAUGCAAAACCUUAUCUGAAUAUGACCAAAAAGGGUGGCAUAUGACCUUUUUGAACAGUAUUAUGACCAUUUGUUAAUUUCACAAUAUAAAUCAUUGUGAAGUCUUUCAAGGAAUGAGUUUAAAGAUGCAGAGGUAAAGAAUGUUGAUAUGAAAUUGCGUGGAAUGUGGUGGUAUUUGUGUCCUACAGACACAAUUCUAGUUUAAUUUUUAUUUCACCUUUUUAUAUUCCAUAAGAACUUAUGUAUAUAGUGCAAAUAACAUGCACUGGUAAUAGCAAUGUCUUGCUAUGAUAUAAUUUUGAAUCAUUCUUGUAUUUACAGAUUGUUGUAUUAACAUUUUCCUAAUAUAUUUGUUGUUAAUUUGUUAUUGAUUUUAACAUGUUAUGUUUAUGAUGUAAGAUUGCGAUGGCCCUGGUGUCGAAGACCCGGGUGACAUACAGAGUACACUUUCUUGUGUACUAAAAAUCUCCAACAGUUGAAUUCAAAUAAAACUUGGUAUACAUCAUCACCAUGAAGUGGACAUAUGUAUAUUUUCGUGACUUUCAUGUCCGAUUAUAAUUUUUUGAGUUGUGCCCAUUAUUUAGACUAAGUCUUAUUACAGUUAUAUAUGUAUCUUAUCUUGUGUACACAGCUCCUCCUACAGUUUCCAUUAAUUCGGAUUAAAUUAAGUCUUUAUAAUUAGCACAAGUGGACAUGCACAUGGCUUUUUUGUCAUCUUUUUAUUUUGUGAACUAUGUCCUCUUUUUAAGACUUAACCAUGUUACAACUUCAUCUGUAACUUAUUUACAGUUUCCAUCUUAUUUAAAUCUAAUUUAGUAUAUAUUGUCAACAAGUUGACGUUUGCAUAUCUUCUGGACUUCCAUGUCCAAAUUACUUUUCCACAGUUAUGGUCUUUUUUGGACUUUGAAAUAUUACAACUCUGUAAAUGCCCGGUAUUUUUGUCUGGAGUAAUUGUUCUUCUAUUGAUUUUGAAAUAUUACAGUUACAAUAACAUCAGAACAUUGUAAACUCGACUUCUGCCACAGUUUCUGUCCAACUGAAAUUAGACUUGGUAUAUAUAAUCAACAUGAAUUGAACAUGUGCAUAUAUUUGGUACUCUCAUAUCCAGAUAUUUUUCUUGAGUUUUGGCCCUGUUGUGUCCAUUGUUUGUUUUCUAUCAAGCAUUUCCAGGGGGGCAUGUGCUAUACAAUGUUGACAUCAUAAUUUCUUUUAAUACGUUACUUCUAGAAGUAUACAGUGAAAAGUUCAAGUGUCAUUCAAACACACUAAUUGUCAUUGUCAAUACAUUAGCCAAGCUUGGAAAUGAUUUUCAAGUUACUUAAAAUGUACUUAGAAAAAGCAUUCGUCAUUUUAAGUUGACAUGUUGCAUUCAAGAUUAAAAGUCAGCUUAUUGUUUUGGCCCCUUCCGUCCACCAGUACGUCCGUCCGUCCGUCACACUUAACUUCCGAUCAAUAACUUAAGAACCUUCAGACUCAAUAGUAUGAUAGGGCUUAUAGAGUAGUCAGUAGGUCAAAUGUCAAGGUCAUAGGGCGAGAACAUGGAAAACAUUUUCUGAUCACUAACUUGAGGACAGUUCGACCCAGAACGUUGAUACUUAAAGGGAUGAUCGCUCGUGCAGAAUAGAUGACCCUAUUAUCUUGGGGUCAGUAGGUCAAAGGUCAAGGUCACAGGGGGAAGAACAUGUAAAACAUUUUCUGAUCAAUAACUCCAGAACCACUUGACUCAGGACCUUGAAACUUCACGGGAUGAUAGGACAUGCAAAGUAGAAGCCCCUUUUGGUUUUGGAGUCACUCUGUCAAAGGUCAAGGUUGCAGGGGCCAGAACAUGGAAACUGUUUCUGAUCAAAAACUUCAGAAUUACUCUAUCCAGAAUGUUGAAACUUCACAAGAUGUUUAGACAUGCCAAGUAGAUGACUCCUAUUAUUUUUAAGAUUUCUAGGCCAAAGGUUAAGCUCACAGUGCCCUGAGCCAUGAGAACUAUUUCCUAUCUAUAACUUGAGAACCACUUGACCCAGAACCUUGACACUUCCUAGGAUGAUUGGACGUAUUAAGUAGUAUUUCCCACCCUCCCUGUGACCAAAGGGCCCUUAACAUUUAAAACCAUUACCAUAAUAUUAUAAAUGCCAUCGCUUUUGCAUUUUAAUCUCUUAGCCAACCAUCAGGGUGACUUUGACUUUGGCUCCUGCCCAAUAUCGAUUUCUUGCUUUAAGUUAUGACUGUGAUUUCGGGUGAGACAAAAGCAUUCUACAAAAGCAUCAUCUAGUUUAAGGUUGGUUUCUUUCCUGUUUAAAACUGUUAAUGUAUUCAAAACUGGCUUAACUUGGCACAAAUAUUCAUCGUAACAACAUGGCAUGUAACUUCGUACAAUGAUUGCUAGUGGUCAGUAGACGUCCUUUUUUGUUUUGGGGCUUAAAAGCCAAUGACACCUCGAGACUUAUAUGUUUUUCUCCAUAACUGAAUACUAAUUGCGCCUACAUAUGUAGAACAUUAUAGGAUGAUGGCUUGUGUCAGUAGUCGAUCCGAACUGCUUUUAGUGUCAUCAGGUCAUAGUCACAUUGACCUUCAGAGUUAUAGGGGUUUGGAUCAAUAACUAAAUAACACACGGUAUUAAAACCUUCAAAUUUCAUAUGAUUAUUGAUGACAGCCUUUGACCCCUUUUGAUUUGGGGUCAAUUGGUGAAAGAUCAAAGUUACGUUGACAUUGGGACAGCAAAUGAUUUCAGGUCAUAAACUGGAGAAUGCAUCCAAACGGUAUUUGAUGAUUGCCUUUUGCCAGUAGGAUCAUUAUAUCAAUGGUUAAGGUCAGAAGUUGAUCCCUACUACAUUUGAGGUCAGCAGGUCAUGAUCACAGUUACCUUGAGAAAUAAAUGUGUUUUGAAUUUAUAACCAAAUAACACAUAUAACUACUGCCUUCAAACUUUAUAGAAUCAUUGUCUCUUAUCAACUGAUGUCAGGCAUUGACCCCUAUUGAUUUGGGGUCAGUAGGUGAAUGAACAAAGUUACGUUGACAUUGAGACAGCAAAUAAAUUCCGAUCAUUAAUUUGAGCCAAACAUUAUUUGAUGAUUGCUUUUACCAGUAGGGAUCAUUAUUUGAAUGGUCAAGGUCAAACUUCUUACAGUGAUUGCCUAUGGCCAUAGAUACUCUCUAACGUUUGUAUGGUCAAGUAGGGAUCAGUUAUUCUAUAUUUUGUUGUUUAUCGUGUAAAUGCAAUCAUUUGUCGAAAUAAAUCUGUCUCUCUAUGUCAGUUGGUCAAGGUCAGUGUCGUAUUGGAUCAAAAUAAGGUCCGAAGUUGAUGUUUCAAAUCAUAGAAAAAAACUUUUAAACCCUAGGGGCCUAUUGUCUACUUGAUAUGUUUGAACCCUGACCUGAUUUUUUUUCUUUUUGAAAUCUGGGACAAUUUUGAAACUGGUUAUCUUGGGUCACUUCCUUAACUCAUAGAAAAUAGAUCGUUGACACCCUAUCGGCAAUGUAUCUUUCCUUAUUUUUUAUGAACCUUGAUAGGAUGCUAGACUUUAUAAAAGGUCUUGCUUGAAACUGGGUAAUUUAUUUUCAAAACAUAGGUCGCUUGGUCAAAUCAUAGUUAAGUUUUGUUAACAUUUCGAGAUCAUUUUUGUACCUGCUCUUUAUUUCAUUUUGGAUUAAUCUUAGAUUAAAUAAAGGUUAAUUUUGAAACUUGGUCCUAGAAGGUCAAACACUAGUUAGAAACUUGUUCAUCAGGGGUCAAAACUAGGUCAUCGGCUUAACUCAUAGAAGAAGACCUUGUUAACAAUGUAAACGCCAUUUUAAUCAACCUGGUCUGUAUGGAUCAUGUUCAGAAAGAUUGGUUUAAUGAAUUAUGAGUCAUUGUUCAAAAUGGGACAUUUUGGAUUAAAGUCAAUGCCAAUAGCUCAAAUCAUAUCAUAGGAAAACGGUGUUUACACUGUAGAUGUUAUAUUUUGAACUGGAUCUAUUUGAAAACUGGUCAGAAUGUUUGCCUUAUUUGAGGUCAAGUUCAGUUUUUGAACUGGGUCAUAUGGGGUCUAAAUUUAUGUCACUAGCUCAAAUCAUAGAAGAACAUUGUUAAUACUGUAAAGGCCAUAUUUUCAACCUGAACUUUAUAAAACCACAUCAGAAUGUUUGCCAUUAUACAUUCUGAAACAAGUCUGAAAUUUGAUCAUCUGGGUUCAAAAACUAGGUUACUAGCUGAAAUCAUAAAAAAGUUGACAUUCUAGAGGCCAUACAUUCUAUUUGAUUUUUAUGAAACAUAGUCUGAAUUUUAGUCUUGAUAACAUCUAGAAAACGUUCGAAACUGGGUCAUCUUGGGUCAACAAAUAGGUUACUUUGUCGAAUAACAGGAGACCCUUGUUAACAGUUUAGAGGUCAUAUUUUGUAUAGGGUAUCUAUGAAACCUGAUUAGAAACUAAGUCUUAAUGAUUUAUAGGUCAUGUAUGAACCUGAGUCAUUAAGGGUCAAAAACUGGUUCACAUUUAUAAAUCAUACAAAAACAUUUUAACACUAUUGAGGCAACUUGAUUAACAUUAAAUCUGGUCUAUUAGUAAGUUUGUCUUUAUGACAUCUUGGCCAGAUUUGAAGCUGGUUCAUCAUAAGUCAAAACUAGGUCACUGGCUCAUAUCAUAGAAAAAUCUUGAUAGCACUCAAGACGUCAUUUAUGUCUACCGGUUUUUAUGAAUCUUGUCAAAAUGAUUUUAUUGUGUGUGUGUGUGUGUGUGUGUGUGUGUGUGUGUGUGUGUGUGUGACCUUUCUGAAACCUAGUCAGAGUAUUUGUCUUUAUGAAAUCUAGGCUAAGUUUGAAACUGGAUCAUAUGGGCUCAAAGAGUAUGUCACUAUGUCUAAUAAUAGAAAAUCCUUUACCUUAGAUUUACACCUUGUUUAUAUGAAACUUCGUUAGAAUGUUUGUCUUCACGUUGCAAAAUGGAUCAUCAUGACAUAUAUUAAAGGUCAAACCGUCAGGAUCACGUGAACGACUCAGGGCCAUAACGACCCUUUUGUUGCUAUUAUCGUACAAUUAAUUUUGAUUUUAGACAUAAUAUAUUAAUGUAAGCAUUUUUUUCAUAUUAUUUGCUCUUUUAAACCUAUUAUAGUUUAUUAUUAUGUUGUUUUAAAAUUAAAAGUAUUUGUGACACUGUUGAUAUAACUCGCGUUACUAUAUAAUGCUUUUAUCUGAUAUUUGUCACAUUAUUUUGUUGUUUUGUAAUUUUAAUAUACUAAACAUACAAUUUUUUAUUAAACUGGGUAUUAGAUUGCCGAAUGUCGUUGUCCGGGCUGGCGGCGUCAAUUUUUGGUUUCCGCUCAAUAACCUGAGUUAGGAAUGACCGAUUCAAAUAAAACUUUAAAUAUAGAUAGCUUGCAUGGAGACGGAGUUUCAGAUUGCAUAUGAAGUCACUAGGUUCGAGGUCAAUGUUGCUUAAAGUAGAAAAAUAAUGGUUUCCGCUCUGUAACUUAAGUUUGCAUUGAUUUGUUUAAAUUAGACUUGGCCUAUAGGUGGCUUAUAGAAAAACCAAGGUUGAGAUUGUAUAUGGGGUCAUUUGGUUCAAGUUCAAGGUCAGGAUAACUUAUUCAAUCUUUACACUCAGAAAAUUCCACGGUGGCGCAGUGGUCUAGAGCGUUGGGUCAAAAGCUACUUUUUAGUCAAUGGAACGGAAGAGCACCGGUUCAAAUUCCACUGAGAUCCAUUUUUUUUUUUUUGCUUUUUUGUCAUUUUUUGUGAUAAAAAAGGUCAUUUUAAUGCCAUUUGGUCGAGGUCAAGGUCACAGUUACUAAAAUAGAUUUUUUCUCAAUGUAAUUAUCAGAAAGGUAGUUUCCGCUUUAUGAUUUUAGUUUGGACUUACUUACUGCCACAAAAAUAAUUGUGUACACCAAGCUUAUCUAAAACAAUUAGCUCUAAAAUUGAUAUUUGGAGUCACUGUUACUUAAAAAUAAGAAAAAUGGCUUCCACUCAAUAUCUUAAGUUUGGGUACACUUUUUGUCAGUAUACUUGGUGUGUAGAUAGCUUUUAUCAAACACAAAGGUUGGGAAUGUAUUUUGGGUCACUUGGAUCAGGGUCAAAGUCAGUGUAAGUAGAAAUAUAGAUUUUUGUGCUUUGGAAUGAAAGGGUUCCGGUCAAAUCUGACUGAGAUACAUAUUUUUUUCUUUUUUCUUUUUGCUGAUAAAAAAGUCAUUUAAAUGUCAUUGGGUAACUAAAAAUAGAACAAUAUGGUCAUAGUUAUAAUUAAAAAAUAGAUUUUUAUUCACUUUAAUCAUAAAACAGCUGGUUUCGAGUUCAUAACUUUUAAUAUAAGAACUGGCUAUGAAUUGUAUUUGGAUCACUGUUACUAAAAAUAGAAAAAUGGUUUAUGCUCAAUAUCUUUAGUUUGGUUGCACCUGUUGUCAGAAAACUUUGUGUUUAGGUAGCUUUUAUGAAAGAAUCAUGAAUUAACUAGGACAAUGACACAUCUUCUUCUCUUAUACCUGUACUUCUGAAUGGCAUGUUUGGAUGCAGUCAGAUAUGUAGAUCAGAACACAACCUGUAAGCCUGAUGCAAAGUUUGAAAACAUGGCUUUCGUGGAAUUUCCACGUUUCUUGUUAAACACUGCCAUAUGCAUUACCACUUUAAGUUAACUAUUCAAUUAUAUAAAAUUUUCAAUUGUUCAAAUACAAGCCAGAAAUUACCGAACAACGUUUGACUUUGAUUUUGAAAACUAAUUCUUAUUGAAUUGUAUACGAAAUAAUUUUACUAUGUUAUGACAGUGUAUAUGUGUUGUAAAAGUUCCAUGAAAACUAUAUAUUAAUAUCAUUUUACUUAAUACCUUGAUUUACCUGGACAUCUGUCAUUUUAUGUGUUUUCAAGUUACUGCUUUUACCAUUGAACUUAUGGUUCAGCUGGUAGUUUCCUUCUAAAAGACAAAUUUUCCUGAUUGCUAUUGCGUACAUUAACAAUACAAAUGAUAUGUUGCGGUGCAGAAUUAUGUCAUACAAACAAUCAAUCGAGACACCCAGUUCACCAAAGCAUAAAAAUACAAUAAAUACAGUAAGAACCUUGGGUAGUGUUGAGUAUACAAUAUUUGAACAGAACUUGGCACGGAAAUGCAUCAUCAUUUAAAGGAAUCAUGUUUUGACAUCCAAUAGAUACUCACCCAAAUUAACGAAAAACAUGCAUUUUUCAAAGGAAGAAAAUUCUAAUGGACAGUUAUUGUUUCCUUUCUGUUCGAAACUAGCUGAAAACAAGAUACAAGGGAAAAACUUUCAAGCUAUUUACUUUAAUCUUGGCAUAUAGGUAGGUAUCGAUGAGACGAUGUGCAGAGCACAUGGAUUAAGUUGGUAAGUCAAAGGUCAAGGUCAAACAGGGUUAAAAUCUCAAAUCUGUCCUUUAUAUUUUGUGUCCAGAGCACAACUUAAAAACUAUUCAUAGUAUUGACCUAAAACUUGGAAUAUAGUGCAACAGUUAUAAUAAAUUACCCACACAAACAAACUAACACAUUAACCUUUCCCGGCUCUAUCCAGAAAGAAAAUCAGUCUAGUUUGUUUAUUUUGUCUGUAUACGUCAUUUACCUUGUGUUUGAAGUGAAUGCGAAUGCUGGUAAAAUUAGAUCAUAGCCACCAACCGAUCUUUCAGUCUCGGUUAUUUUUAACAGUAGCAUAAUAAACGGACCACUGACUAGCUUUUAUAAAAACUUAACUAGUUUAGAAAUAAGUUUGUUCUUUCACCAAAAUUUUGCUUAUGAAUCCUCUGCUGUUUUAAUUGUUUUGAGCUGGCUUUAUGGUUAUUCCUAGGCUAGUUCUCUACAUUAUCUAUAAUAGGAGGCACAUACGAGGGGCGGUCAAUAUGUAAUGUUACUCCAUAUGUAGUUCCGUAACCGCUUUUUAUUUUCAGAUGCGGUUUUCGGCACAUUAUAGAGCAAUUUAUUAGGAACACGCUGCUUUAUGAAUUAUAAAAAUUGGUAGAUUAACGGUAAAAAUAUAAUCAUUUGAAUGAGGUGUACUCGAGUAUACUGGGCAAUUUUAUGUCCAAAAUAUUGAGAUUGUAAUAUGCAAUUCCUUGAUUCUGCUAUUCAACAACUAGAACUAUAGUUCAAUUUUCAGUUUAAACGGAUAAAACAAAUCAUGAUCUUCAUAAAAAUAUUUGAAAUCUAAAAUAAAAAAGUUUAUAACAGUAUUAAAUUGAGUGUGUAUAUUUUUACUCGAAAAAUGAUAAGUUGAGUACAAUAAGCCUCUGCAAUUUUGCCAGGCGCGAUAAUCAUCAUUUUAAAAAUUCUUGUAUCUUAAGUUGAUACUAGUAUCUUAAUUCUCGAUUGCGAAACUAGUUCUUAAAACUUUGAUUAAUCGCUCUCAACACCCAUUCCAGAUGGAAUCAACCUCAAGAUUAGAUUUUUUAGUUGUGUUGUAAAAUUAAAAAUGCAAUAAAUAGUUUAAAACGAAAGCAAACUCAUCACAAGUUGCUGUACCUCGUAGAAAAAUGAUAACAUUUUGUAAUUUUAAAAGUUAUUCUAUUUUUUUCUGAGACUCUGGAUGCCCAGGACAAACCUAAAUUAUAAUUUAUGUCCAGUAUACCUGAGUACACUUCACUCAAAUGAUUAUAUUUUUACUUUGAAUCUGCCGAUUUUUUUUAAUUAAUAUAGCAUUGUUUUCCCAAUAAAUCGCUCUAUAAGGUGCCGAAAACCGCAUCUAAAUAUAACCAGCGGUUACGGAACUACAUACGGAGUAACAUUACAUAUUGAACGCCCCUCGUACAUAUGAAUUGCCAUAUUUAACAAUAAACUGGCAUUUAUUCACAUUAUUCUUAAUUAUUCUUAUUUGAACCUGCAGAUGUUCGUUUUAUACUUACCAAUAUGUGUCUGUGUUAAUAAUAAUCUUAUUUGUGUAGAAACGCAUGUUCUUCUUACACUAAUAAACAGUCAUAAUAGGUUA